CUUCCCACGUGUUCUUUCUCUGAAUAAAAUGGCGGUAGGCAAGAACAAGAGGUUGACUAAGGGAAAGAAAGGAGCCAAGAAGAAAAUUAUCGAUCCAUACACCAAGAAGGAGUGGUAUGAUGUCAAGGCACCAACUUUAUUCACUAAUAGAAAUAUAGGCAAGACUCUAGUUACUAGAACACAAGGAAAAAAACUUGCUAGUGAUGGUUUAAAGGGUAGAGUUUUUGAGGUCUCAUUGGCAGAUCUACAAAACGAUGAGGUCGCCUUUCGCAAGUUUCGUCUGAUUGCUGAAGACAUCAGUGGAAAGAAUGUCCUCACCAAUUUCCAUGGGAUGACACUCACUACUGAUAAGUUGAAAUCAUUAGUGAAGAAAUGGCAGACUCUUAUUGAAGCAAUUGUUGAUGCUAAGACGACCGACGGCUACCUCUUAAGAGUAUUCUGUAUCGGAUUCACUCGCAAGCAACCGAACCAGAUCAAGAAGACUGCGUAUGCCAAAGCAUCUCAAUGUAGAGAGAUCAGGAAGAGGAUGGUAGAGAUGAUGAAAGCUGAGAUUAGCGGAGUGGACCUCAAAGAAGUUGUGACUAAACUUAUUCCAGAUAGCAUUGGUCGCGACAUUGAGAAAAAGUGUCAGGCGAUAUUCCCGCUUCAUGACGUCCUUAUAAGGAAAGUGAAAGUAUUGAAGAAACCAAAAUUUGACAUUGGGAAGUUGAGGGACCUCCAUGGUGAGGGUGGCACUGUUGUGACCACGUCCAGUGGGACCAAAGUGGAGAGAAGCUAUGAGCCGCCAGUUCAGGAAACCGUCUGAACUUAUUUCAAUUAUAAUAAUAUUAAUUAAAUUAUGCUUUCAAUUUGUGUACCAUCUGCUCUUUUAAUGAAGAAGAGAAAUUUAAAAUUAUAAAAAAUUGUUAAAUUAA